GGUAUUAAGUUCCUGUUCAGAAUGACUAACCCAGGGAGAAGGUUUGGUGUGGUAACGCCACAAUAUCCGGUCAGACUGACUAUCAUACGAAAGAACACGGCUUUCUGUGACACCGAAGAGAAAUGAAACGCUGUAUCACUUUCAGAAACCGCUAUUAAUAACUGUGGAAUCAAAACAACCUUUGACAAUGACGUGCGUGACAUGAGCUAGUCAACGCAGCGUCGUAGCCCGUUUUGUAGUUAAUUAGCUAGCUCGCUGUGUCCAUCAGUGGCAAGGCACCCACUGUUGUUUCAAGACGAGAGAUCUGUGAUGCUGUCUCCAGGGUAGAGAGGAUUCGUCCAGUGACAGACGGGAUUUUGGAUGAACUGAUGUGACUAAUUGCAGCUCUUUAGAAUUGUGAGGUGUUUCUCUGAUGCCGGUGAAUCCCCCCCUCCUGGCUGUGACUGCCCUGCACUUCCUGUUCCCAAACGCAGGUGUUCCCGCCAUGGCCCUGCCCCCGAUCCUCGCCCUCUCCCCUGUCCUGGCGCUGCUCGUCGUCGUCCCCGGUUACUCUCAGUACGCGGGACGAGGAGGACGGCCCCUGCGCCUGUACGACCGCACCCUCCCAACCGAACUGCAUUGCAACAACGCUUGUCGGAUCAAUCCAGCGUGUAACCGGUAUAUUUUUGAGGAAAGGAACAGCAAGUGCUAUUUUUUUUGGUGUCCAGAUGUUAGCGCCUGCCAAAACAUCCCCCUGGAAGACCUUCUAUCAAACCACGAAAUGAAUGACCAUUCAGUCUUUGGACCUGCCGGUUCCGUGUCUGAUCGCACCAGUGGGGGGGGCCGUGCUGUGGCCCAGGCCCACAAUCAGGCUCCAGUACAGGCCCAGAAUCAGGCUCCAGUCCAUGCCCAAAAUGUGGUUCCAGUCCAGGCCCAGAAUCAGGCUCCAGUCCAUGCCCAAAAUGUGGUUCCAGUCCAGGCCCAGAAUAAGGAUCCAGUCCUGGGCCAGAAUAAGACUCCAGUCCAUGCCCAAAAUGUGGUUCCAGUCCAGGCCCAGAAUAAGACUCCAGUCCAUGCCCAAAACGUGGUUCCAGUCCUGGCCCAGAAUCAGGAUCCAGCACCUCCAGUCUACAGGUUCCGGCCACAUGUUAUGGGCCAGCCCCGCCCCCCUGUAGGUUCAGCCCAGACUCAGGGCUCCGCCCACAUGACAGAGACUAAAGCUAAAGGUGGGUCACCUGUGAGGUCACAGCCACAAGUCUUCAACACAACCGGCACCACGGCCACAAAUAUGACCGAGACCAUGCCUACAACCACUACCAGAACUGCUACUACUACAUCUGCAGUCAUGACCGCGCCCACAACUACGACUGCAACCAAGGGCAGACCCACAAGUACCACCAAGGGCACACCCACAACUACAACUAAGACUACAACUACAAUGAAGACCACGCCUACAACUAUGACGACAAUCAAGACCACUCCCGCAACUACAACCAAGACUACGGCUAAACCUAUAAUGAAGACUAGGCCCACAACUAUGACUACAACCAAGACCACGCCCACAAGUACGACUACAAUCAAGACCAUGCCUACAACUACGACUACCACCAAGGGCACACCCAGAACUACAACUAAGACUACAACUACAAUGAAGACCGCGCCUACAACUAUGACGACAACCAAGACCACUCCCGCAACUACAACCAAGACUACGGCUAAACCUAUAAUGAAGACCAGGCCCACAAUUACGACUACAACCAAGACCACGCCCACAAGUACGACUACAAUCAAGACCAUGCCUACAACUACGACUACCACCAAGGGCACACCCAGAACUACAACUAAGACUACAACUACAAUGAAGACCGCGCCUACAACUGUGACGACAACCAAGACCACUCCCGCAACUACAAUUGAGACUACGGCUAAACCUAUAAUGAAGACCAGGCCCACAACCAUGACUACAACCAAGACCACAUCUACGACUACAGUCAAGACCACAACCCCCACAACUGUGGCGCAUCCAGCGACCGCUUCGAGCCCGCGACCGGGGGGCGGUACGGCCGCAGAGGCCACCACGGACAGCGCCGUGGCGGGACUCCAGUUCUGGAAGCCAUCGGACACCAGCGCCCUGCUGGCCAUCCUGCUCUUCAGCCUGCUCUUCCUCGUCAUCGUCGUUCUCCUCUUCCUCAGGAAGGCCCUCGGGAGCUACAGGAGGAAGGGCUACACCCGAAUGGGGUACCUGAUCGAUGGGAUGUACUCCGAAUCCUCGCUUGGACUUCGGCCCGAGUCCAUUUUGUUCAGUAACUGAACCCCCAAAAUUUGGGGGGCUCGUUCGAUUCGCUUUUUGUUUUCAGGUUGAAGUGGGAUUAAUGAAGCAUCUGUUGCACUGAAAUACUGCCAUCGCUGGCCAGUUUCACAGCUGCGUUUAAUAAGAACGAGCAGGACCCUGUGCCCAGCGUUUUUCAAAGAGGGUGCAAUGCAAUCGCUACAGGGGUGCUUUGGAAAUUAAGUUAUGUUAAAAAUGGACAACGCUAUGAUAAAACUAACAAAUCACACUGUGAAUUAAAAAAAAACUGAUUUUAAUUCAUAAUAGAGCAUUUCUGAGCUCAUACUGCGAAUGUCACUGCUUUUCUGACCUUAGUCUUCUGUGCAGUUCAGUCUCCUGCUUUCCUCCCCUCAGGACCUAGAUAUCAUACUUUUGAUCAAAUUCUCUGAAUCGACCCCUUUUUUACGUUUUAGCUAGAUUUGCAAUAUCUGAUUGUUUUGUAAAUUUCAGAAAGUUAGAUUAAUGAAGAAACAUUUUAUAAAAAAGAUUGUCUUUUUAGAUUGAAUAAUUCUGCAAUAUUGCUUGUGAAACGAUGUGUAAGACCAGGGACCUGGUUAGGCUCGAACCCUGGUCUCCCAUGAAAGAAGCUGUCGGGCUAACCACUGCACGAAGCUACGCAAAUAUGUCAUUUCUAAAAAUGUAAUUUGUUGAAUGAAACAGAUUUGAUAUUUUGAUUUGACACGUUCAUUUAUUUCUGUCUUUAAUACAGAUUUAUAAGAUUUACAACUGAGAA